AUGGCUGAUAACGUAUCAAUAGUUGGUGGUGAUGUGACUCUACGGUCGAUCAAUGACAGGGUCAUUAUUGUGCAGAUCCUGAUGAUAAUUUUUCUUUGUAUCAACUUUUUUCUCAUUUUGACCUUUUUUAGAAAGGAGUGCUUCUAUACAACUUCACGCUAUAUUUUAUUUGCUGUUACACUACUGUCCGAUAGCUUCAUAUUAUUUAUUGCCGAUGUUCUAUUUGUCUUUAGCUAUUUUCAAUUUACCAUGCCAGUUUGGUUAUGCAUCAUUAUCUCUGUGGUAGUAAUUCUGUAUAUUACAGUUACACCAGUUACUUUGACAGCAAUGACCCUGGAGCGCUACGUGGCCAUUUGCAUGCCCCUGCGCCAUGGAGAGCUGUGCUCCCAAAGCAGCACUGUGAACUGUAUCCUCAUCAUUCACGGUCUCAGCUCUGUACCUUGUAUUGUUAUUCUCUCCACCUUCUUUGCAUCAGCCUCACAUAGCUUUUACACUCAAUACAGAAUGUGCUCUGUGGAGAUAUUCAUUUUGUACAGAUGGCAGGAUCAUAUUAGGGCAGGCAUGAAUCAGGUUUACUUUGUGCUCAUGUGUAUUACUAUUGUAUUCUGCUAUGUUAAAAUAAUGAAAGUGGCCAAAGCUGCAUCAGGAGAGAAUAAAAGCUCAACAUGGAAAGGACUCAGAACGGUAAUUCUUCAUGCUUUCCAGCUGCUGCUCUGUCUCAUUCAGCUGUGGUGUCCAUUCAUAGAAACUGCUGUACUUCAGAUUAGUUUAGAAUUAUUUCUUAAUGUCAGAUUCUUCACCUACUUAACUUUUAGUCUUGCUCCCAGAUGUCUGAGUCCCCUAAUUUACGGCCUCAGGGAUGAAACAUUUGUUCAUGCACUGAAAAGCUAUGUCUGCUUUGGCUUGUGUAAAAUAAAUAUUUGA